AUGGAGCGGAAGUACUGCGGCAGCGGCUACUCGUCGUCGGGAACGAAGUCUCCGGCGGCCGGCGACCGGGAGGAGGGCACGUACAUGACGGUGUCGUCGGCGCCGCCCAAGCGGCGGACGGGGAGGACCAAGGUCAGGGAGACGAGGCACCCGGUGUACAAGGGGGUGCGCAGCAGGAACCCCGGCCGGUGGGUCUGCGAGCUGCGCGAGCCGCACGGGAAGCAGAGGCUAUGGCUCGGCACCUUCGACACCGCCGAGAUGGCGGCUCGCGCGCACGACGUCGCCGCCCUCGCGCUCCGCGGCCGCGCCGCGUGCCUCAACUUCGCCGACUCGCCGCGCACGCUGCGGGUGCCGCCGCAGGGGGGCGGCCACGACGAGAUACGCCGGGCCGCGGUCGAGGCGGCUGAACUGUUCCGCCCGGCGCCUGGGCAGCGGAAUGCAGCUACCGAGGUGCCGGCUGCUUCGCCGGUAGACGCGGGGAACGCGGAGCUCGUCGCAAACUCUCCUUACUACCUCAUGGAUGGAUUGGAAUUCGAAAUGCAGAGCUACCUUGACAUGGCGCACGGCAUGCUCAUCGAGCCACCGCCAUUGGCUGGGCCGUCGACGUGGAUCGAGGAGGACUACGACUGCGAGGUCAGCCUGUGGAACUACUGAUGGCGCGCACCUGAGCCGGCCCGGCCCUGGCGUUCUCGAUUCACUGUAUAUACAGCCUAUUAUGGUCAUCCAGGACGACCUGUACUUGUGGUGUGUUGGUGUGAUAUUUUUCCUGCUAUUCUGACGAAAAUGUCAUGAUAGUGAGCACACGAGUCCGCAUUACGACUUAAGAGGGCGCGUCCGUU